GUCAAGCCUGAGUCACACAAAUCUCGCCGAAAACUUGAGGAGAGAGAAGAGGAUACCAACAAAGUGUCAAGUCCAGAACCUUCCUUGCUAUAUAUUCCAACUGAGGUCCAACUAUGCCUCGCUCCUUUUUAGUGGACUCCUUAAUUUUACGAGAGAACACGGAGAAGACAGCGGAUACCGGAGCUCCGAUUUUCCCCUACGCAAUACAUCACCACCACCAUCCAACGCAUCCGUUCCACGGCUGUCACUCGAGGAAGGCCGGACUGCUGUGCUUCUGUCCGCUCUGCGUCACGACAGCGGCGGUAACGGCGUCCCAGCUCCACCACCCGUCCGCUCCUCCAGCUCCCCCGGGAAUCCCCCCGCUUCUCAAGGCGUCCUUUCCCGGGUUCGGAAGCGCCUCGUACGGUCACGCUAAUGGACUGAGUCGGCAGCAUGGAUCUGGGGUACAUCUCAGCGUCAGUCCCGGACUUUAUCAAGGAGGAUACCCGACUGUACACGCCACAGACCCCCGGUAUCACUGUAUAUCUAUAGAUAACAGCGCGAGCCAGCUUCAAAGCACCAAGCGAAUGCGCACGGCCUUCACGAGCACGCAGCUUCUGGAGCUGGAGCGCGAGUUUGGGGCCAACAUGUAUCUCUCACGACUACGGAGGAUUGAGAUUGCCACAUACCUUAACUUGUCCGAAAAACAGGUAAAGAUUUGGUUCCAGAAUCGCCGCGUGAAGCACAAGAAAGAGGGUAAAAACGGCCACAGCGGCGCGCACCGGGUCAGUGGCGGGGGUGCGCACUGUAAAUGUGCGUCUAUGUCCUCCGCGCGCUGCUCUGAAGACGAAGAGGACGAAUUGGCCAUGUCGCCAGAAUCGUCGGGGAAAGAGGACACCGACAUGUCGAUUACUCCGUGACUACAUUGGAGGAAACGCCUUAUAGCUUGGCAUUGACAUUCUUAUCGCAGAACAGGUGGUCCAGCGACGUGUCCAUAACGAUUACAAACUUUACUGUAUCAAAAAUGAAAUAUUGUAUUGUAAUAUGGCAAUGUCCAUUUUAUUGUUGGACAUUCAAGGCCAUACAAAACACAGCCAAAGUUGCAUCUGUACAUACGUAAAUAAGAGAGUCAGAAUAUGAAUAUAUAGACAAAGUUUACACAUUCGUCCCUGGUAGGCUAGUCUCUGGAGAGGGUGUUUGAGUGGACGCGUCACCCGUGAUCUCGGAGAAGGAACCGACACUCUCCCAGCCGGACCAACUCCACUGAAUAUGAUGUGAGGUUCCCUUUCUGUACUUAAACGAGUGGCAUGUGAAAUGAGUGUUGGUGUUGUACAGAGAGAGCAGUCAUGCUUUGAUGCUUUCUGUUUCUAGAUCAGACUUCGUGUACAUGUUUGUGUCAGAACGCCGCUGAUGUUUGUCCUGUUUGGACCAAACCGCCACUGGAAGGCGGGGGCUUGCGCCUCAAAACCUGAUUCCAGAGGACUCUCUUUGAAACGUGUACAUAUGUUUUCAUACCAAGUAUGGUUUGACCAUGAUGUAUAAAUGUAUAUAUCUUCAGUUUAAUGUAAGAAAUUCAUCUUUAUUUUAUGUACAUUUAAGAUGGAAAUUAUUGCGCCCGUUUUGGCGUCACUCCAGAGUAACCUUUCUUUCUUUUGAGUAAAAAAUUGAGCUUUAUGUGUUCGUUUACUAAUGGACAGGCCCUAGUGUUCAAUCAUUUUUGUGUCCAAAUAUCAUUCAUUAUUGUUGUAUGUUCAUUUCAGUUUACCUGUACUUGAAAAAUAUUUAUUUAU